AUGAAAAAUAAAACCAUGUUUACUGAAUUCAUCCUGCUGGGUCUAACAGAUGUUCCUGAACUCCAGGUGUUGGUUUUCACCUUCCUGUUCCUCGCCUAUUUACUCAGCAUCAGUGGAAAUCUGACUAUCCUCAUCCUCACUUUGCUGGAUUCCCACCUUCAGACUCCCAUGUAUUUCUUUCUUCGGAACUUCUCCUUUUUAGAAAUUUCCUUCACAAACAUCUUCAUUCCCAGGGUCUUAAUCAGCAUCACAACUGGAAACAAGAGCAUCAGUUUUGCUGGCUGCUUCACUCAGUAUUUUUUUGCCAUAUUUCUUGGGGCAACAGAGUUUUACCUUCUGGCUGCCAUGUCCUAUGAUCGCUACGUGGCCAUAUGCAAACCUCUGCAUUAUACAACCAUCAUGAGCAGCAAACUCUGCACACAGCUCGUUCUCUGCUCAUGGCUGGCUGGGUUAAUUGUUAUUAUACCACCAAUCACUCUGAUGAGUCAGCAGGACUUCUGUGCAUCAAACAGUCUGAAUCAUUAUUUCUGUGACUAUGAGCCCCUUCGGGAAAUCUCCUGUUCAGACACAAGCCUCAUAGAGAAGAUUGUCUUUCUUGUGGCAUCCGUGACCCUGGUGGUUACUCUGGUGCUAGUGAUUCUCUCCUACACAUUCAUCAUCAGGACUAUUCUGAAGAUCCCCUCUGCCCAGCAAAGGACAAAAGCCUUUUCCACGUGUUCUUCCCACAUGAUUGUCAUCUCCCUCUCUUAUGGAAGCUGCUUCUUCAUGUAUAUUAAGCCCUCAGCAAAAGAAGGGGACACCUUUAACAAGGGAGUAGCUCUACUCAUUACUUCAGUUGCACCUUUGUUGAACCCCUUCAUUUACACCCUAAGGAACCAGCAGGUAAAACAAGCCUUCAAAGACACAGUCAAAAAAUUUGUGAAUCUUUAA